AUGCGGAUUGGAUGUCUGCAGUUCGCUCCCCACGUGGGAGACAUAGAAGGUAACCUGAAUCUCGCCGACACCAUCCUGUUACGCGAGAACCCAGGCGAUCUAGACCUCCUCGUACUACCAGAGUUGGCUUUCUCAGGCUACAACUUCAAGUCGUUAAAGGAUAUCAUGCCGUUUCUCGAAUUCUCCGAAACCGGCAUUUCGUCAGCAUGGGCUCGCAACAUGGCCCUCAAGUACGACUGCAUCGUCGCUGUUGGAUAUCCCGAGAAGGUUGACGUGUCGUACAAAUGGCCCGCCGACCCGGAGUAUUACAACUCGGCCAUUGUGGCCGACCGGGAUGGCGAAUUCAUUGUCAACUAUCGCAAGUCGUUUCUCUACUACACGGACGAGUCGUGGGCUCUCGAGGGCAACCAGGGUUUCUUCGAGGGAUUCAUCCCUGGAUUGGGAAACACUUCAAUGGGGAUAUGCAUGGACCUCAACCCUUACAAAUUCGAAGCUCCCUGGAACGCAUUCGAAUUCGGCUUCCACAUCCUCGAGGCGCGCUCGAACCUCGUCAUCCUCACCAUGGCCUGGAUGACGAGAGAGAGCCAGGAGAGCUUUACCACCGCCUCCGACGAGCCGGACAUGGCAACAUUCACGUACUGGAUCACGCGCCUCGAGCCUCUGCUGCGCUCCAACAACCACGACGAGAUCAUCGUCGUCUUCUGCAACAGGGCCGGAACCGAGGGCGCGGCCACGUAUGCGGGGACGAGUGCUGUCAUCGGCAUCCUUGACGGCCAGGUCAAGGUGUAUGGGCUCCUAGGGCGCGGUGACCAGGAACUCCUUGUCGCCGAUACCGAUCAGCCCCCGCACGCUAAGUUUGUCUACCGUGACACGGGUGGCACGGGGAGAAAGGAGGGCAAUAAAGGGGAGGAUGAUACUCCAAAGGACGCCGUUUCAGUUGGGCCUUGA